AUGACUACCGCCACUAAGCGAGCACGCCCCAUCCCAGCUAUUGAGUCCUCGGAUGAGGAUGAUGAACUUCCUUUAAUUAAUCGUCGCGUGUCGAAGAAGCCACGUGUUUCACUAAGUUCUGCAAGCGCGUCGAAUUCUACUAGUGCACAAACGAAGUCUCGUUUGAAGCAACGCUCCUCUUCUGAUCGUGUCCUCGCUGAUGCCAGGAGACAACGUCGUCAAAACGGCACCACUACCGUUGUUCGCCCAAAUCCUGCUGCCGCCAAAGGGAGACGGGCGAAGAAAGAAGAGGCCAAACUAGAACCAAUUCCAGUCGAAGAAAAAAAACCAAAGCGGGAAGGUCAAUCCUCCAGCAGCGAUCAAGGAAAAGAUAAUGGUGGGUAUCGAUGGUGGGAUGAAGGUGAGGGAGAAAGAAAUUCUGGUAUCAAGUGGACUACCCUGUUACACAAUGCUGUUAUUUUUCCUCCAGAAUAUGAACCGCAUGGGAUACCGCUUCUCUAUAACGGUAAAGCUGUUGAGCUUUCUGCAGAAUCAGAAGAGAUUGCCACUUUUUAUGCUGCAAAGCUCGCAACUGACUACGUGCAGAAACCUACGUUUCAGCGAAACUUCUUCGACGACUUCCGCCAUUCUCUACGUUCGACCAGUGCGCAUCGUAUCAUUAAGAAGCUUGAACUCUGUGACUUCUCUCGUAUCCAUGCCCAUCUAGAGAAAAAGAAGCAGGAGAAGAAAGACAUUCCAGCCGCAGAAAAAAAGAAGCUUCGCGAGGAGGAAGCGGUGCGGUGCAAAAAAUAUACCGUAGCAUUGGUCGAUGGGCGGGAGGAGAAAGUCGGCAACUUUCGUGUUGAACCUCCAGGCCUCUUUUUGGGACGUGGGGAGCAUCCCAAAAUGGGCAAAGUCAAGUCUCGUAUAUAUCCUGAAGAUAUCACGAUCAAUGUAGGCCAUGAUGCAGAAAUUCCUCCCUGUCCCUUGGAAGGGCAUAAGUGGGGGAAGAUUAUCCACAAAAGAGAUGUGACUUGGCUUUGCUUCUGGAAGGAUACGAUCACCGGUGGUUCCAAGUAUGUAUGGCUUGCCGCGGGAUCCGCAUUCAAGGGUAUGUCAGACCAUGCCAAGUUCGAAAAGGCCCGUCGUCUCUCUCAGUACAUCGAACAGAUUCGGCGAGACUACCGACAAGGCUGGAAGGCAAAGGGGAAGGAACCCAAACAGCGAGCCACAGCCAUGUAUCUCAUCGAUAAGCUUGCGCUUCGAGUGGGAAACGAGAAGGGAGAGGAUGAAGCAGACACAGUAGGUUGCUGCUCACUACGCGUUGAACACAUCAAGUUUGUGCCACCGAGGACCAUAGAGCUGGACUUUUUGGGCAAGGACAGCAUCCGUUACUUCAAUUCCGUUCAGGUUGAAAAGGAAGUCUACGAGAACCUGAAAUUAUUUUGUCGAAACAAAAAACCCGGGGAAGAUAUCUUUCAUCGUCUCACAGUGACCGGUCUCAAUGAUUAUCUGAAAUCACUUAUGGAUGGCCUAAGUGCCAAGGUUUUCCGUACUUACAACGCGUCGGUUACGUUAGACAAUCUCAUUUCGAAUACACCCGCUCGCUCAGAUCUUCUCGAGAAGAUUGUGUUCUACAAUCAACAAAACAAGGAAGUCGCCAUUUUGUGUAAUCAUCAGAGAGCUCUUCCCAAGGCGCAUGGGUCUCAAAUGGAGAAAAUGGACAAAAAAGUUGUCGAUACCCAGCAGUGGUUGACCGAGUUGAAACGUGGCCGGAAUAAAAUCAACAAGUCGAAAGGGUCGAUUGAUUCGGUUGAUCUCAUCCAAUGGAUGCCUGAAAAGCCGGUAUUUACGGAAGACAUGGAUGAUAAGGAGCGCGCUGCCGAACGAAAACGUGCAGCCGCCGCCCCGAGGGUGAAAACCGCGCGCGUGAAAAAACUCCCUCAGAUUGAGACAGCAAUUAAAUCUGUUUCGGAAAGACUUGCAAAGUUGAAAGCAGACAUGCAAGUGAAGGAGGAUAUGAAGACCGUGGCACUUGGGACUUCCAAGAUUAACUAUCUUGACCCCCGGAUCACUGUCGCCUGGUGUAAGAAGCGCGAAGUGCCUAUCGAGCGGAUCUUUGCUAAGACUCUUUUAGUGAAGUUUGCCUGGGCCAUGGAAACGUCUGAGGACUUCCGUUUCUGACAACUUGGCGAUCCUAAAAUUAAUCUUUGAACAUAGCCACCUCUACCGCGGGUGUUUCCCGGAGACUUUGAUGUUGGUCUGCCACGCAUCCCCACCAAGGUAGGCACACGAUGCCCCCAUGCUUAGCAAUUAUUCACUGACUUCCGUAGGCGAACGUAGCUCGACUCACCUCACCAGCGAGGGUAAACACAUUUUGAUUUCUAGCGGUACUGGUCAGUGCACCCUCUUGUACUGCAUGCUUUGUUGUGUUAUAAACUUGCGCAAACCGUACGA